AUGGGCAGGCGAAAGAUUGAGAUUCAACCCAUCACCCGGAAGAAUGGGCUCUUCAAGAAAGCGUACGAACUGGGUGUACUUUGCUCGGUUGAUGUUGCCGUCAUCAUCUUCGAGGAACGGCCAGGCCACCAUGUCAAAUGCUACGAAUACUGCUCUCGUGACAUACGUGAUAUUAUAGACCGUCAUAAUCACUUCGAUGGCGAACGGGACACCCGUACUCCCGCCGACUUCGGUAAUAACAAGGCAGAGGAGGCUGGAGACGAUGAUGAUGGAGACGACGACGACGAUAUGGGCAGGAGCAACGGCGCAAAACGCAGGGAUGGCCUCCGCCCCAAACCGGACGUCAAGAAAAACAGUGGUCAGUUGAGGCCAAACGAUCUCUCCAUGAGCGUUGAUUCUGAUUAUAGACCCAUGACCAUCCCCGCAGCUCCCCUGUCAAACCUCCAAUUACCUUCCUCAGUCACUAAUAGUUCUUCCCUCCCCAUCUCUGGUGAACGUCUCAACCAACCACCCCCCAAGAAACUGCGACCAAACCCCGGACAACUCACUCCCACAGGUGCCCCAUUGUCAGCUCAUACACCCACCUUCCCUCCUUAUGACCAAGACCCAGCCUACCGUCUGAACUAUCCGGUACACCAGAACAAUCUGUCUUCACAUGCGGCUCAGUCGUUCAAUGCGAGCAUGUUCCCGGGCUCGCCACCUCCGCCGUCAGGCAAUAACCUGUUCGACUUCCCGGGAACCAGGAGGACUACGAGUUACCAGGAUGCUUAUAGUGCACAACCGCGACUCUCGCAAGGACAUGUUCAUGGACAGGAUGCCUUGAGUUUCCUAGGUCCCGGUGGUGGUCAUAGAAACUCGUCGAGCCAGGGACAGAACUUCGGUGCCUCCUUCGAUUGGCCUAUCCACCAACAGGCACCACAGCAACAGCAGCAAGCCCAAUCGGCGCAUCAUAGUCCAGCUCAAGCCGCGCAUAACGCCCAUGACACGCCCUGGUUUGAUUUGCUGAGCUCAGCCUCGGCACAAGCUUCAUUGCCCCAGCCCGCGUCCACGCCCGUCCCCUCUCUCCACCUGCCAUCGUUCAAUCAUGGCGGGGCAUCCCACAGUCACAGCAGCUCGAGCAGCAACGACAGCCGCCGUCCGAGUUUGUCAUGGGAGCGGCAACAGCAGCACGACGUGCCGUCCGUUCCCAGCUCAGCUACCCCAGUGAACCACCCGCCUGGAAGCGCGGGCAGUGGUGGUGGAGGUGGUGGACAGGGGUCGCCGCCGAAUUCGACUGUCGUGUCGCCGGCGCUGUCGCACAAACGUGCCCGAGUGGAUUCGAGCGCUAGUGGGAGUGUCGCGGACGUCCCGCCCGGCUCUGCGGGGAACGGGGGGGAUAGUGUUGCCGCCGUGGAUGGUGUGGGUGAGGGGGAUGGAGAUAGGGGGUCCUCGGCGAAUGGAACUGGAGGGAUCAAGACAGAGGGGGAAGGAGGUAAUGGGACGUCCAUUCCUGCGGAUUGA